UGGUUUAUCUGUAGCCCCGCCCCUUCCAACACUGCACUUGUCACAUGACUUGGAGAUCCAAACGCCGGCUGGCCCGUAGAGGGAGCAUAGACCCAGACAGGAAGGUGACAUGGCUGAGCUGCAACCAAGAGAGGGGAUGGAACGACCCACCACAGCUUUCAUAUGGGCUGCAAACCCAGUCUGGAGCUGGCAAACGCACUCUGCUUAAUAAGAGGGUACCUGCCCAGUUACAAGGCCCUCUACCAGUUCCCAUUUCACAGUCUCUUCCAUCUUCCACACCACCAAAUAUGUCGCCAGCCUGUCCUCCAAGCACAAUAAUUGGAGCUCCUCCCUUAGGAAUUGGCAUUCUACCUCCUAGCUCUGACAGAAUAAAAAAGAAUAACACAGAACCAGAGUGUGAUAUUGACAUAAAGGAUGUUUUAUUCCCUCUCCACCAAACCUUGGAAGUCUGCAGGGAUUCAGUAACGAAACAAGUUUUCAAUGAUAUCAGUAGGCGUCUGACUAUGCUUGAAGACAUGUGGAACAGUGGUAAACUAUCAGCAUCUGUGCGUAAGAGAAUGAGUGUACUAGUAAAAGAUGUUGAUCGGCCAGGUUUAAUAAAUCCCGUUGGAUCGAAGACUGCAUAGGUCUGUUGAUGCGGCCCACAAUCCGACUGCCUGAAUUUCCUGCAUUGUCAUCUGAUUGUUGGGCCCUAGCUCCCACAAUCGGAUCAGCCCCGAAAUCUCCCACCUCUGCAUGUAUGGCCAGUUUUACUGGCUGAUUCCAGCACAUAAUCUUGCUGUUUUGUAGUAGUGCAUUGCAGUAGGAAAAAUAAUGUUAGGUUGAGAUAGAAGACUUUAAACCUCAAAAAUAAUAAGCAAAAUGAGUUCAUUUACUUCAAUAAUUGUUUGGAAGCAGAUCCCCACACACACGAGAUUAUGCAGUCGGGGGGUUGACCCAUUUUAUUGUGCCACCAGAAAUUCAAGGUUAGGGUGGGGGGAAACCCUCCCUCCUGAUGAAGGCAGGGUUUCUCCCCUAAAAUCAUAAAUUUUGGUGGCACAAUAAAAAGGGUCAACCCCCCUCCCCCGACUGCAUAAUUUGGUGUGUGUGUGUGUGUGCAUGUGCUUCCAAAUAAUUGCUGUUGUUAAGGGACCUGGCAGGGCCAACAGAGGACCAGUACCACCAUUGCAGUGAACUACAGGUGUGCGGCGGAAUAAUUACAUUUCAUUCAUUUACUUCAAUGCCAGACAAAAGUGCAAAAUUGUGCCCUUUAGCUCUUCUUUUGAGAGCACACGUCCAUCAAGUUCAAACUUUUAACUCUAUUUUAACCUGCCUAACUGCUAGUUGACCCAGAGGAAAGCAUAAAACCCCAGCCUCUCCAAUUUGCCUCAGAGGGGGAAAAAUACCUUCCUGAUUCCAAAAUGGCAAUCGGACCCCUGGAUCAAUUU